AUGGUUAAGGAUUUAAAGCAUGUGAAGUUUCCUAUGAAAAUGUAUCGGCUGAAGACCUUUAAAGAGAUCAAGUCUAUUGAAGGCCUUGAUGAGAAACACCUAUUUGAUGUUAUUGGUCGAGUUAUUGAAAUACACUGCCCAGAGGAAAAAUUAAUUAAUGGGAAGAACUCCAGGCUGAUUGACUUCACUCUUGAAGACCCCGAUGGAAUACAACUAAUGUGUACUUUGUGGGAUGAACACGUAAGCAAGAUUGAGGCAUUCUACAAUUCUACUUCACAAGAACCAAUGUUGGUCUUGGUACAGUUCUGUAGGGCAAGGGUGUGUUUAAAAAGUGGUGAUGUCAAGAUUUGUAGCUCCUAUGAUGUAACACAGCUGCUUUUCAACCAAGAAUCUCCCCCCUUUGAGGAGUUCAGGAAGAGGACGAGUCAUGAACAGACACCAAUGCGCAGUAUUAUAUCGCAAUCAAGUUUUAAGGAAUGUAGCUCAUAUUCAGUUGCACUAUCUGGUGAUAUUGAAGUGCGUACUAUCAGUGAGAUCUACAGAGACAAGGAUGUAUUUGGAGAUUUCUGGGUUGCAGCUAGGAUUGUGUUCAUUGAUGAUCCAGACUGGUACUAUGCUUCGUGUCGAACCAAGGGUUGCAACAAAAAGCUUAAGCUAAAAGGGAAGUGGCUGUGGUGUAGUACAUGUGACAGAAAUUGGGGUGAUGGGACACUGAGGUACAGAGUUAAGGUUAGAGUUGUGGACUUGGAUGGCAAUGCGCCUUUUCUUCUAUGGGACAGGGAGUGCCUCGAUCUAAUUGGAAUUAGUGCAGAUGAUUUGAAGGAUACCCAUACAAAGGGAAGAAAGGGUCUACCUAAGGAGCUUGAAACUCUAAUCGGCUUGAAUCUGUUAUUUCGAAUUGCUGUGCGUAAGGAACAGUUCCAAAACUAUCUCAAUGCUUUCUCUGUUAUGAGAAUCAUCACUGAUGAAAAGAUUGUUGAGAAGCACGCACCAGAGCUAAUCCAAGUUAGGGACAGGGACCUCUCACCAAAGUUGGAGUUGGAGCUUACGGAUGAGGACCUAUGGGAUAUAGAGGAAUACUGCUGA